UCAGUCUGUUGGUACCAGUAGAGACCACUGUUCCAAGAAGGACUUCCCUGCUUUAUUGGUUGACAUUUGGACCAACUUAUGGUGCCAUAGCUGUGGUUGGGAGGUGAUGUCCAAUAGUACCAUGGCCGACGAGCACUGAGAAGUUACCAGAGUGGGUGAGGAGCAAGGACCUUCUGUCUUUGAGGAGUCCUGCCUUGUCCCGGGAGGCCCUCGACGGUGCUCCGGGGGGUCCAGUGCUAUGGGAAGCGGGUGGCUGGCCCUGCUCUCAGUUGUCAGUGUCUUGCUGGCUUCACCAGGAUCAGAGGCGCAGACCUCUGGAGAUUCCUGCCCUCCAUGCCCUGAAACUGCCAUCUGCUACAACAGCACCCACUGUAUUUGUAGAAAUGGGUUCAAGUACACGUGGUGGAUGAAAAUCUUCCAUACAUCUUACCUCAAGUGUGACGAUGUUGAUGAGUGUAGGAUCAAGUUGGCAAAGUGCAAGGAAAUGCACUGUAGUAAAAAGAUCGCGUAUUACCUCUGUGUCUGUGUGGUACAACGCUCAUUGUUAAAAUGGUUCUCUGAUAUGGAUCAUGCAGAAUGUCACGGGAACUUGGAUGAGGACAAACGCUCAUGGGGCAACGUUUGGGAAGAUCUGAGGAAAAAUACAAGCCAAAAGGAUUUUGCAAAAAAAGCAACCCAACUACUUCAGCGUGUGGAAAUGUUUAUACUGAACAAGAGUUUUGAGUCUCCAAGCAAGGGUGAAGACACCAGGUUAGAUUUAGUCUAUGAAGCCAAGAGGUGCAGGGAGAAGACUCUGCUGGAAGCUGGGAACAACACCAUGGGCCUCAACUGCACUGGUAUCUUCAGGGACAGCACAGGAGACAAGAACACAGUGGCUCUGAUCACUUACUGGUCCCUUGGGAAUUUCCUGAACGGCUCCUUCUUCAGUGACCAGAGGGGGAAGCUGGGAGUGGGACUGGACUCCCGUGUCAUCAGCGGCACUGUUGGUUUGAAAGACAAGGUCUCCCUGUCUGAACCCGUGUUCCUGACUUUCCAACACACUCAGCCUGUCGGGGAGACAGCCAAGCGUCUCUGUGUCUACUGGGAAGGGUCGAAGGACGGGGGCAGCUGGUCGACCGAGGGCUGCUUCCAUGUGAGCAGCAACGAUUCCCACACCACGUGCCAGUGUUCCCACCUGUCCAGCUUUGCUGUCCUCAUGGCUCUGACCCCCAAGGAGGACCCGGUGCUGACUCUGAUCACCCACGUGGGCCUGGGGCUCUCCCUGAUCUGCCUAUUCCUGGCAGCUCUCACCUUCCUCCUGUGCCGGUCCAUCCAGAACACCAGUACCAGGCUCCACCUGCAGCUCUCCCUCUGCCUCUUCCUGGCCCACUUCCUCUUCCUCACCGGCAUCAACAGAACUGAGCCUGAGCUGCUGUGCUCCAUCAUUGCAGGGGUACUGCACUACCUCUACUUGGCCUCCUUCAUCUGGAUGCUCCUGGAAGGGCUACACCUCUUCCUCACCGUCAGGAACCUCAAAGUGGCCAACUACACCAGCGCAGGAAGAUUCAAGAGGAGGUUCAUGUACCCCGUGGGCUACGGCAUCCCAGCUGUGAUUGUCGCUGUGUCUGCAAUAGUUGGACACAGAAAUUAUGGCACCUACACUCACUGCUGGCUCAGGCUUGAUAAACAAUUCAUCUGGAGCUUCAUGGGGCCAGUGGCCAUCAUUAUCUUGAUAAACUUGGUGUUCUACUUCCAAAUUCUGUGGAUUUUGAGAAGCAAACUUUCCUCCCUCAAUAAAGAAGUUUCCACCAUUCAGGAUACCAGGGUCAUGACAUUCAAAGCCAUUGCUCAGCUGUUUGUCCUGGGCUGUUCCUGGGGCCUUGGUUUUUUCAUGGUUGAAGAAGUAGGGCAGACAGUCGGAUCAGUCAUUGCCUACUUGUUCACCAUCAUCAACGUCCUGCAGGGGGUUUUGCUCUUCGUGGUUCACUGCCUCUUUAAUUGCCAGGUGCGAAUGGAAUACAAGAAGUGGUUUAGACGGGUGCGGAGGGGUGUUGAAACUGAAAGUACGGAGAUGUCUCGCUCCACUACCCACACCAGAAUGGAGGAACCAGGAAAGUCCUCGGAACUGGUUCACUGAAGAGACACCCUGUCCUGACUGCAGCUGAUUCAGCUCCUCCCUGCUUCUCAGCUGGAGACCGAGAACUGGCUUGUGUGUCCACGGUGCCCCGUGUGGCCGCACACUGAUCAGACUCAUGCCACCCUUUCUCCCUAACCAUGAAAAGUCUGGACUUGGCUAUUUUGGCUUUUAUUUCCAUAGAAAGAAUAGGGUAUGCACCUUGGGCAUAACCUGGGGGGCUUGCACCCGUAUUCACAGGGCAAUUAAGUGCAAUGAAGUGUUAGAAAGAUGCUUUUCACGGAGGGGGACCAUCGGUGGAUUCUCUUCCUCCAGCUGUUGCCUCCUUGCCUGGGAUGCCGGGCCUGAGGCCCCGCUCUGGCCUCUCUGCAGGUGUUGAGGGUCUUGUACCAGCACCCCAGGUCCACAUAGCCUAAACAAAAACCACAGAAAUGGGACUGAUUUCCUGCAGGGCAGAAGCAGCCACCACCCUUGUCUAGGGACACAUUUUCAGGAGAAAUCCUGGGCAAGUAAGUUACUGCCAUUAUCCCCACCUUUCUUCACUGGGGGAUCUUUGAACUUGCAUGUAUACCUGAGUUAAAGAUCGUCCUGUCUAGUGUCAUUUUUCACAUGACUUAGCAAGUGUACCCAAAUAUACACAUCACCAUCAUCUGACUUUAUCUGAGGACAUUGUGUGAAAUCAUUUUAAAUUACAAUGACUGUCCAUGUUAAAAUAACAGGCAAGAGUCACCGCAAUUUAUUUGAGGAAAUUUUAAAUAACCUGAAAUUUGGUGAUUUGAUGUGUGUUUUUGGGUCAUGGACAAAGAAUUGUGGGCUUUAUUGUUUAGUGAGCUCAAACGUCAUCUGCUCGUGGAAACAAUGCAACCAGGCUGUGACCUUCUCCCCCUGCUGGCUUUGCAAUUAUGUGGUUCCCUUGGAAGUGUUAAAAUUAAAGGACAUUCACUUUUCUUUUGAAAUGUGUGCAUGCAGGGCAGCUUUAUAUACCAUGCGAUGUCAAGCUUGCAUGAAGUGUGAUGACAGGAAUGGUGUGAAUGUAACUGUGCACAACCACAGAAAUGAAAAGUUGUACCCAAGUGUGUACCAUGAAUCAAAAUGCAGUAGGUAAGACAUAAAAAAUAAUAAAAAAGUAAACGUAGUUAAACAACAACAACAAAAACAAAAAAGGAGAAAUAGACCAAAAAAAAAAAAAAACAAACUUACCUGAAUAAAACUUUCAAAAUAUGCAAACUUCUUGGGCAGGUGGUGGGUGCUGGUGCUUGGUCCCACUGGCUGCCGCUGCUCUCUGGUCAAAGUUGGAAAUGGACAAUGAAAGCAGACCAGCUGUUGGGCGCUGGCCUCUGUAUUGGACAUCUUUCUCCUCCUCUCCAAGGCUGCCUUCUUUCCUCCCUGCCUCUCCCAUCCCUGGUCUUCUCUUCGAGAGCCUGCUUGGCUUUUCCUUUCUAACCCUCUUCCUUAUUCAGACUCCCAGUGGACUCCGCCUCCGCUCUGCUUACAGCCUGACUUGCCUCUCGCGUGCCAUGUGCUGUGUCACUCACGUGUGAGUGCCGGUCAGGACGCCCUGGAUUACAAACCUCUUGGAGGCAAAAAUGAAAUUGAUGGUAUACACACUUAUGGUUUGAAAGGAGACUUUCCCACAAUGCAUAAAGUAAAAAGAGAACUCUCUGUCCUCUACCUGACCAGAGAUACCUCCCCAGGACCCAUUUGUUGUUCUCCAGAAUUUUUGGUACCUGUAUAUUAAUGAAUAUGAUUUAUGCAUUUGUUUUAAAAAGAUAAAUGUGAUCUAAGAAUACAUGCUGUUCUGCAACUUGCUUUUCUUCAAUUAAUAAUAUGCCCUGGGGCUGGGGUUGUGGCUCAGUGGUAGAGCGCUUGCCUAGCAAGUGUGAGGCACUGGGUUUGAUUCUCAGUACCACAAGUAAAUAAAAUAAGGGUUCACUGACAACUAAAAAAUAUUAAAAAUAAUAAUAAUAUGCCAUGAACUGCUUUCCAUCCAUGUCAGUCCAUAUAAGAAUGCCUCUUUUCUUAUGGUGUUUCUUGCUUUAUUUAAUUAAUUCAUCAGUAAAAUAUAUGUAGACUGGAAAAAAAAUGAAAAAGAUGGUAAAUUAACUGAUCUUUGUCUUCUUCUAAUCAUUAUUUCCAAAGCUCUGUAGUACCAAUAGUUCAGGCUGGAUAAUUGCUUAUUACUUCCAAAUAAGUAAUAUUCAACUGCCAGAAGACAGUUCUCAGUAGUCAUGACAACCAAAACUCUCUUUAGACAUUGCCCUGGGGAACAAAGCUGCCCCCAAAGAGCCCUGGCCUGGGGAUCAGCUCCCAGCCAACGACACAGUGGCUGUGGGGUUAACUACAGACUUAGGAGGUGGCUUCGAACUGGAAAGCUGGGGAAGAACAGCCUUCCAACAGCAUCUGACAGCAGGAGCAGACCUAGGUCUGUAUUUUGGGGGAUUAAGACUGUAUGAUAUUAACGUAUGUCCCUAGCACGCAAUCUUGUCAUUUAAUUUUGAAGAACUAGGUAAUAACUGAAUCCUGCCUUGAGUUUUCUUUGAACUGUACUGAAACCAGGUAUCCUGAAAUGUUAGAAGAGGCAAAAAGUUUAAAAAGUCCAAGUUGUGGAAUCCGCCUGGCUGCCUCCCAGCUGAUGACCGUGGACGUGAGCACAAGGGGUUUGGCCACAAAGAACAGGGAGACAGGACACUGGCAGGAAGACGGAUGGAGCUGGAGGACAUGAUGUUAAGCAAAAGGAACUCAGCUCAGAAGGACAGUGUCACAGUGUCUCUGGUGCGGGAUUCAGGGGCAAAUGCAACCUGAAUGCAGAACAGGGCUGCCAGGGAAGGGACUGGAGACCAGGGCAGGAGAGUGUGACAGGAGGCGGAUACCAGCAGAGCACCUUGUGGGCAGGUGUGGCCAGUCCACAGCAAAACCCAUUGUGUGGUCAAGGAGGAGUGCUAGUGGUUAUCAUUUUAACAAUCCAGAGGAAACAGGAGCUCUGCAAAUAUGUGAACAGAGGCCUUGUGAGCUAAAUACUGUUUUUGGUGGCUGAAUACUUAAUAAAGCAGUGUAUUUUCA